AUGGGGAAAUAUGUGUGGUUUGUGGCAAAUAAUAAAGAUAUCCUUUGGUUGAGAUGGAUCAACAGUGUCUAUCUACACAAUACUGACUGGUGGAGUUACAAGGUAGCAAAUCAAGUUAGGUGGUAUUGGGGAUGCUUAGUCAAACUCAAGGAUCAGUUCAAAGAUGCCUUGAAUGGCCAUAUGGUGUUGCAGCACAAAUACAAUGUAUCCCAAGGAUACAAUCUAUUCUGUCCAACCCAAACUAAGGCUCAAUGGAGUAAGCAAGUAUGGGGAAUGUUAAACACACCAAAGCAUAGCUUCUUGCUAUGGCUGGCUAUACAGCAGGAGCUCAAAAUAAAAGAUAGGCUGCUAAAGAUGGGGAUUAUUAAGGAGCAGACUUGUCUGCUUUGCAGCACCCAAAAUGAAUCAACUGCAUAUUUAUUCUUUGAAUGUACAGUUUCUCAGCAUUGUUUGGAGGAUAUCAAAGCAUGGUUACACUGGAAUACUUCAAGUAAUACUAUGUCCAACCUUAUUCGAUGGAUUGGAAGAGCCAAAAUUAGUAGCUACAGGAAAUUGGUUCUUGCAGCUGCUAUUGCAAGUCUAGUUUACCACCUAUGGAGGAUGAGGAACAGUUUUUUAUGGGAGAAAGAGCAGCAGGAUACGACUAAGUUGUGCAAAGAGAUCAAAGCUGGUGUAAUCCAAAGAAUAAAACUAUUCUGGCCAAAAAAAGAUCAAGAAUGA